AUGUCAGAUUCAGAAAGCGAGGCAGGUGAAAUUGAUCUCAGGGAGCUCUACAGAGAUCCUAUUAUAUCGAGAAUAUCUGCAGUUGGCGGCGUCGAGGCUAUCAAACUCCAAGAUGGCUCCAUAUCCCAAGAGUACAAACUGGGUGAUGAAUGCUUGGGCUGUUUGAAGGAUUUGAAGAAGUUCUGGCGCAAAGACGACGACGAUCCAAAUCGUACAGUCGCCAGAAUUCUACACGAAUCAGGCGUAUUCACCAACGACCUCCUUAAGAUUCUAGCACUCUCUGUUAGCAGAGGCAACUCCGGUGAUCGUAUCGCCCUCGCUGCAACAGACCUCAUUUCGUGUUUGACAUGGCCAAUCUCAAUCGAAGAGGAAUUCAAGGAGCUUGUCGAUCGCGAAGAGGAACACAAAGUUAUCAACUUUGAAUACACGUCUUUUAUACAGGCUCAACAAGCGUAUAAGCUGGCUAUUGUCAAGUCCAAGACAGUACAGCACCUCCUCGAGCUACUCCUUCCGCGCUUAGCAAAAUCAAGACUUGAGCGCACUGAGCGUGAUGAUCAGGUCGUCGCUCUCAUUUUGCACACAUUCCGCAACAUUCUCGCAAUUAAAGACACUGAUGCUCAUCCAGGCGUUCAAUCGGAGCUCAUCGAUCAAAUGCACUCCUUCGAGAUUCUCUCUCUUUUUAAUACGCUUGCGUCAUCUUCAGAUCAGCGUGAGCUUAUCGCGUACAAUGUUGUUGUUCUUGAGAUUUUUCACUUUCUCUUCAGAGGUAUAAGAGCAGACGAGCUCACGCUCGAUCCAGUAAAGGCUUCCUCCGCUGGUCUCUCUAAUCUGCUCGAUAUUGAAAACAAGCAAAAGAGGCUCAAUAAUCGAAGCAACACUUCAAGACAUAGUCGAUUUGGCACCACUGUCAGUGUUUUAUCUGGUGACAAUCGCUUCGUACAGUCAAGACAAUCCGCCAUCACCCCAUCUGGUGGUGAACAAAGUAUGGAUAUUGGAAAGAAGAAGGUUUUUAAAAGAUCCAAAGAUCAAGACAAUUCUGGCGAAACCCUCCUCAAUGCCAGCGCACGAAAGCAUCUCAAGGAGCUAGCCGAGCUUUUCUUGAAAACGUCUUACGAUACCUUCUUCACUACACUCCUUAAAGACUUUCGAAUGGAAAGACCUAAGGUCAGGGAGACCGAUAAGGCUAGGUGGUUCUCUUUGUCUGCCUUUUUCCUUGAGUAUUUCAACACCAAGUGGCGCUCAACGGAUGCUAGCAAGUUGCCUGCGGUAGAGGCCGAAAAUACCUUUGGUUACGUUGGAUGUAUGAUCGAUCCAACUACCGUUGGGUACGUAUCUGCUCGUAUGGCAAUUACUAUAGAUGACAAGCCGCCAUCGUGGAAGGAACUUCAUUGCGCCAUCAACUGUCUCAUUCAAAUCCUUUCACUUGUUGACGAGAUGAUCAGUUGCACUCAAGCGCCUGCGGUGGUCGAAGUGGCAGAGGUUCUCCAAGACAAGCUGUACUACAGCGGAGACGUGAUGGAUGUGAUAGUCAUGCUGAUGGGAAGGUAUAAGGACCAGAGCGUUCAAUUCCUUGAGUCAAUCGUUCAUUUGGCUUACGUAUUUUUGCGCAUGUUGGAGAAUUUUAGUAAAAGUAAAGCUUACAUGUUUGUGCGAAAGCGCAAGUCAUCAAAGCGUCGCAAUGGCGAUAUCAAUGAGCCAACGAUGCAAACAACUGCUGAAGACGAUGCUGAGGCUAACCGUGAAACACUUUCAGCAGCUGAGCAUAAAUUUGUCUUCUCGUCAUACGAACGCAGAUUCGCCUCGGAGAAUAUCGUUAAAACAUGCCUUACUUACCUUGAGCGCCACUUGGAGUUCCACAGUACAAGUCAGCUCAAGCACGUUGUCAACCUUCUUUAUAGACAGGCAGUAAGAGCACAAGGGGAAGAGUUAUUUUACAAAGUGUCUACACUUAACAUCUUUAGAAAUGUUCAAGACCAAGUCGUCAAGUCGGCUGUGAACUAUCAUUCAGGGCCCUACAAAGAUUUAAUGAAGCUGAUUGAGUUUAUUCUCAGAAAGUUUUUUAAAUCAGCUGCUGAGAAUCCUAUGAUCUUUGUUGAGGCACUAUUCCCGAUGCGGUCUCAUAGCAGGAAAAAUGCCGCUAUCGAAGCUGAAGACGUCAAGGAGACUGGUCUAUCUGAUGACAAUGAAAAUAGACCUAAAUCCGACGCGGACUUCCCUGACGGUGCUCAUGUGUCAGAGCACAAGAAGAAACGCCCACGCGCACACAGAAGGAGACGUGAUGAUGAGGAGCAGCGUGAAGUCACAGUACGUCAAGAGCAAGCUCAAUCUUAUCUCUCAGCUAAGUUUAUUGAGGAUAGUGAUGAAGAUGAGGAGUCGUUGCAAGAUUUUUAUAGGAAGGAGGAGUCAUUGCGUGCGCAUGCUAAGAACGCUGCAGCAACUGCAGAGGUACCUCAAGAUUCGCUUUCAUUGGUUGCCAAAAGAAGAAAGGCUAAAGAAGCUGAACAGGUAGAGCCGUCCCAGGGACCUGUCAUUCAAAAUUCGGUGGACGAUAAUCUUCAAUCGCAGGAGCUGUUUAGCCAGUCGGUUAUGGACGUUGCUGGAGACGAGGAUGAGGAUGAUACCAGUACUCAGGCCAAAAGCUUGUCGAAACGUAGAAGGGUCAUAGAUUCUGACGAUGAAUAG